AGGCAAAAGCCGGGGAGCCGCGCAAACCGCGCAACUAUGUCCUGGGAGGCGGGAUAAUGCGCUUCUCCCAGUCUCGCAUGUACAAGAAGCGAGCCAUUUACAAGAAGAAGAAGCCUGGCCAAAAAUCCCAGAAAGAUGCUUCGCUGAAACCAGCGCGAAUGAUCACCAAACCCAUUGGUGGGGAUAAGAACGGAGGGCAGAGGACCGUCCGCAUUAACAGGCUGCCCAGAUAUUACCCUACCGAGGACAAGCCCCGAAAGUUGAGGAGCCACAAGAAGCCGUUCUCUCAGCACAAGCGUAGGCUGAGGAGUUCUAUCACCCCAGGGACAGUGCUGAUCCUCCUGGCUGGUAGACACAAGGGAAAGAGAGUGGUUUUCUUGAAGCAGCUUGAGUCUGGCCUCUUGCUUGUUACUGGUCCCUACCAUUUGAACGGUUGUCCACUUAGGCGAAUCAACCAAAUCUAUGUGAUUGCCACAAAAACCAAGUUGGACAUCAGCAAGAUGAAUCUGCCAGAGCGAGUCAACGACCAGUACUUCAAGAGAACCAAGCUUCAGAAACACAAAAAACCAGAGGGCGAGUUCUUUGAGACAAAGAAAGAGAGGUACACCGUCACUGACGAACGAAAGGAAGAUCAGCUGGAAGUUGACAGACAGGUCCUCGACGCCAUCAGACAAAGCCCAGAAAAGAAAUACUUGUUUGGUUAUUUGGGUGCCAUGUUCUCAUUACAGAGCAAGCAGUUUCCUCACAAGCUGACCUUCUAAAUUAAUCAGGAAACUCUAUGUACAUGACGAUUGGCAGAAGUAAAAAAAAAAAAUCUGAAAUUGAAA